CUCAGGAUGAGCUCACAAAAGCCUGGAGAGCUGGUAGUCAGGAGGGUUCCCUGGUUUCCUGGGGUGCUCAGGCCGCCGGCAGAGUAAAAUGGAGUCUUCCAAGACCUUCAUGAGACAGCUGCCCAUCACACCAGGAUACGGUGGCUUCAUACCGUGGCUCAGCUGUCAGGGAUCCCCGAGAGAGGACCACAUGAACGACUGUGUCAGAGCCUUCCAGGAGAAAACGCAGAGAUACAAGGAGCAGGAGUGGGAACUCAACAACACCGUGGACAAGAACCCCGUCCUCAAGCCGGUCACCACGGAGGACACCGUGCUGUGGACGCUGCACGAGUAUGCCAAGAAGUACCACCCCCUGACUCUGGAGUGCAAGAACGUGAAGAAACCCAUGCAUGAGCCACCUAUCCCUGGCUGGGCGGGCUUCCUGCCCAGAGCCAGGGUCACUGAAUUCGGCUGUGCCACAAGGUAUACCAUCAUGGCCAAAAAGUGUUACGAAGACUUCCUGAGUUUGGGGGAGCAGUCCAGGAAAGCCCAGAUGAAGUCCUACGAGCAAACAUACGGCGUGAGCUCUGCACAGCCUCCUGACCCUUCUCCAAAAGUCGCGCAGCUCCAAGGGCACCAAACCAAAUACCCAGAAUGCUCUGUGCCAUGUCAGGCACCCCCGGGUGAGCACGACCAAGCUCCCAGGACCUGUGGCUGUGCCCAGUGGUCUGGCAUGUCACAGAGCUGGAAUGUAUAUGAGGAGCCACCAUCCUCAGGAAAGAACUUGGCAGAGGCCUAGUAUCCUGCGUCCUCCCACGGAGAAUCCAGCCUUGAGGGGAUUCAGAAACCUGCUGAGCCCCUCCCCUGCUUUGCAGCAAGUAGAUUCAGUAAGAAUCCUUUAACCGCU